GUGACGCUGCAUCUUGACGCGCUGUGAAUUUUGGUAAUGAUUUCGUUCGUUCAUGUUAAACCCAUUGAAUGAAUUAGAAUAUCCGCUUUUUACUACAUUUCAGUAUGGUUGUGUUGUUCUGAAGCGCCCCGGCUAACGCUAAAUGUAGCUUCUCAUUCCGCAUUGCUACGUUAGUGUGUGUUUAGCUAACUGCGCGGCGCUUUAUGAACUGCUUGCUGCCUGUGUGCUUUGUUGUCGAAUCCUAAAAUAACAGAAUGAGCGAUUUUGGAAGUGGGAUCUAGUAUCCAUGCUGCUUUUAAUUGUUAUGGUAAUUUCCUGCCAAAUGCACUACAGUGAUGGAUUCUCAGAGCUCAAACCUGACCUGUGUCAUAUGUCUAGAGCACUUUCAAAUUCCUGUCACCAUCCUGUGUGGGCACUCAUUCUGUCAGAAGUGCAUCACUGCCCAUUGGGACACAAAACUCAGUUCUGGUAUUGGACCUUAUUGUCCCAUCUGCAAUGAGAAGUUUGCCACCAGGCCCAUCCUCAAGCGUAAUGUGUCCUUGUCGCUCCUGAUCGAAUCUGCGAACAGCAACACUGGCCCGUCUUGCAAAGACUGCGGCAGGGAGGAAGGUGGAUCAAUGCUUUGUGGUCAUCAUCAUAAGCCUUUAGUUUAUUACUGCAAGCGGGAUAACAUGUCAGUGUGCUGCGAGUGUGCCAUCACAGAGUGCAAGAACCACGACAAGGACUUGUUGGAGACAGAAAAGAAAAAACAAAAGCUUUUACUGGAGAAGAAGAACGAGGAGGUGGCGAAACUCAGUGAAGAAACCAAGCAAAGUAUUCACCACCUAACUGAAAAUAUCAGCCAAGCUAAGGAGACGAUGCAGCAGACAUCCAGUCGGGUCACAGCCAAGUUUUCCACCCUGGUAAAAGUACUGGCUGAGCGGCAGGAGGCCACCGAGCGCUUCAUGGAGCAGCAGAAAGAGGCGGCCAUCUCUGAGGCAACGGCGCGUCUCUCUGAGCUGGAGGAGAGCGCCAAGAAGCUGCGAGCGAGCCAGGAUAAGAUAGCAGCUCUUCACGACCUCUCAGAUACAGACCUCAUCAAGGAAUCAAUGCUCAUAGAAGUUCCACGCCUGAAGAAAAUUCCCUCGGACGUGACGCCCCACCUGCAGGAUCGAUUAAGUGGCAUCACAGAAGUCCUGACCCGAUUAUCCAAGCUGGUGGUUGAGGACCUCGAAAGAGCUGUCUGCACCGUUGUGGGUCAGGACGUCGAAGGUUCUCCUCAGGAGAAGAGACCCAUUCUGGCUGUGGUUCCCAGUUCAGCUGCUCCGUGCUACCCUGGCGGGAAGGAGGGCCUCAGUGCUUACAGGUGCUCCCUGACAUUUGACCCCAGCACAGCCAAUGGCAAUUUGGUUUUGUCCCAAGAGAACCGGAGAGCGCAGCACCUGACUUCGGGUCUGCGGCCAGUGGUAGAACACGAAUCCCGCUUUGAUUACACCUGGCAGGUGCUAUGCAGCCAGGGCUUCAAACAAGGCCAGCACUACUGGGAGAUGGAGGUCUCCAAGCCUUGGGUCUAUCUGGGGGUCACCUACACCACCAUCCCCAGGAAAGAGAAGGGUCGGAAGUUCAUGCUGGGUAUGAACGAAAUGUCCUGGAGCUUGCAGCUGGACGAGAAGCAGCUCAACGCCUGGCACAACGGCCUCAAGGAGACCCUGGUCGGAUCUUCUCAGCACGGCCGCAUCGGCGUUCUGCUGGACUACGAGGCGGGAACGCUCACCUUCUACGGAGAUGGACACGUCAGGCUACAUGCCUUCCACUGUGCCUUCACCCAGGAGCUCUUCCCUGCUUGCUGGAUAGGAGAGGGUGUCAGCAUCACCCUAUGCCAUGAGUGUGCAGAACCUCAUCGUUCUGCUUUUUAUUUAAACUGAGACAUUUAUUACAAAUGUCUUAAAUUGUAGACGAAAAACUGUGGGGGAAUUGAUUGAUCAGUCAAAAAUGUGUAAAAAUACACUACUAUUUAUAAAAAUGAUAAAAUUUACAUUUUAUUGAGUAAAAUAAGUACAUUUUAUCCCCAAGGAAAACACAAGUUGGUAUCUGUUUGCAUCUUGAUUUUGGCCCACUCCUCUUUACAGAAGCUCUCUGAACUAAAUCCUUCACUUGUUUGUCAGGUUUGAAAAGUGACGAGGUCACUCCAAGACCUUAAAAUUAUCAUUCUUGAGUUGAUCUACUUCUUUGUUGCCCUGGCAGUAUGUUUUAGGUGCUGGAUGAUCCACGAGUACGCCUCCAUUUAUUGGACCCUCAAUGCGGUGAAGAUGCCCUGCCCUGUAUGACAAGUUGAGAGGAUGAGUAUUUGUAAUUGUUCAUUGUGCAAAGCUACGUGGCACAUUAACACCAGCCUGUCCAUCUGUGGGAAUGUGAGAAAUCUGGCUCAGUGUUAGGGUAUCAAAUACUCAAUAAAACGCACAACCAUAAUCAACAAACAAGCACAACAAUUAGAAAUGUCUUUGUGAGUAAACUUACAAAUUGAGCAGGGGAUUAAAUCCUCCCUCAUUGUAUAUCCACCCAUUCAAGGUUGGAGGAAGCUGAAGCCUACCUCAGUUGACUGAUCUGUUGCGAAAGGGGCAUUGUCAGCUAUGGGAACCACUACACUACACAUUCCAGUCAGCACAGUUGGGGCCACAACUACACUCCCCCAAUAUAUCAAAUAGUGUUCUGAAUCCUUCCACUAGUUCAAUUUCUUGAGGCGUGCCCACAUGAAUUUUAAACUUUUUUUUUUUUCUUUAAAUUUAAGCGUAACUCCUUUUUAAACUUUUUUUUUAAAAAUAUGCACAGUAAGCGCUGUUACACACUCAUUUGACUGCUUUUUUACUUUCAAGCCAUCCGAUGUGGAGAUUCACAGGAACCCAAAAUCACAUUCCAAGUGAAGGCGCUGUGUCACUUGUUACAAAUUAUUUUGUGUUUGCGGCAGUAAUCCUUUGAUUCACCUGUACAUUCAUGGACAUCUGGCUGUAAUUGGUUUAUGAAAGAAGCAUUAUUUAAUGUAUAUACAUCACUCCUUGUGAAGUGUAACAUGACUUGGAAUGGUUUUUUUUUCAGGCUCGCAUCUUUAAAUUGUCAUUCAGUAUUUGGUGAAUUUACAGGUACAUCUCAAUAAAUUAGAUGUGUCCAAACCUUAAUUAGGUAGUUCAAUUGAAAAAGUGAAACUCAAAGAGAUACAUGACACAGAUAUUUCAUGAUUUAUAAAUAAUUAUAUGUAUAAUUUUGAUGAUUAUAGCUUACAGCAAACAAAACCCCAGAAUUCACCAUCUAUAAAAACUAUAUUAUGUAACAAUCAAGAAACAAUGACAAUAAUUCUUAAUUUAGAAAUUAAGCAGGAAUUUGCCUUCUGAAAAGUACUUUCCAAAGUGUUCAAUGACCUAACAAUGAAAAUCUUUUAUUUAGAAAUUAGGCAGAAAUUUCCAUUUGAAAAGUGUUUAAUGACUAUAUAAUAAUAAAUUAACUUCUCUACCAUAUUCUAAUUUAUUGAGAUGCACCUUUAUAUAUAUAUAUUCUGUGUGUGUGUGUGUGAGACAGAAGAGAACAGCACAGUAUUCAAAGCUUUGGCCAAACUGAAGCACAACCAUCCCUGCUAUUGUGUUUCAGUCAUGGGAGGACUUCUGUGCAGUUUGUAACUCAACAUCCAUCAUGUGACACAAAAUUAAAAACACAUUUGUUUACACAUGAAACAAGAUCCUUUUAAUAAAUGCCUAUUGGUUGCAUUAGCCGUUGUUAAUAAAUAUAAAGCUUCAUCAUACUUUCAGCCAUGCCUGAGCAAGCAAGAGCCCCAGGCUCAGCGCCAAAAAAAAAAAAAAAAAAAAAACAACCGGCCACACCUAUCAUACAGUACAUAGUUACUUUAGUAGGAAGUACAGGAGAUCUCAAACAAAAGACUUAAAAUCUGACUUGAGACUUUUCUAUCAUGGUUAUGUCUAACAUGCAGUGAGUCUACAGGCCUGUGUUUUGUAAACUGUCAAAAAACUGGUGACAUCCACUUUUGCGCGACAUAACACAAUCCAUCCUGUCUGUGUAAACCGCUCUGACCCACCUUUUACUGUCUGAUCUUAAUCCUGGAUCAGGGACUCACUGCUGGACUCUAAUCUAUGCAGUCCUCUCAUCCAGCACAAUGUGUCAAAGCAGACGGGAUGCCUUGUACACCCUGCUAAGUGUGACAAGCUAUAUAUUAUCUCCAAAAUAUAUACAGUGAAAUGGUAGAAAAAUAAAUUACUUCAUUUAGCUCGCUCACUGGAUAGAUUCACAGAGCAAUG